AUGGGAUGCUCGCAGCGUCCAUCGGCCUCCCCAUCGGGCAGGGCUUCCUCUCCGCGACGCUCUUCGGCGGUGGCGAUUCGCCAUGGUACAGGAGCCUCGACAAGCCCUCGUGGACCCCCCCGGCUUUCUCUCUGCUGCCCUCUGCGUGUCUGUCCCGUGCAACAUGCGCAGGGGUGGGUGUUCCCGGUGGUGUGGAUCAACCUCUACAUCAUGAUGGGCGUCGCUGCGUGGCUCGUGUGGCUGCAAGGAGGAUUCUCCGUGCAAGCUCUCCCACUGGGCAUCUACCUGUUUCAGUUGCUGCUCAACUUCCUCUGGACGCCGCUCUUCUUUGGCAUGCGCAAGAUUGACUGGGCGCUAGCGGAGAUAGUGCUGCUGUGGCUGUCAGUCUUCAGCACCAUCGUGCUCUUCUGGCCUGUCAGCAAGCUCGCCUCCAUCCUGCUCUGGCCCUACAUCGUCUGGGCAUCCAUCGCCACGAGCCUCAACUGGUACAUCUUCCUGCACAACGCUCCCACGCCCGGUGCUGAUGGCCUUGCCCAGCCCCUCCGAGCCUCCGACUGA